UCUGCUGUUGGGCUGCUGCAGUGAUUCACAGGUUUAGAUAGUUAAAUCUGUUGUCGUGUUGAUGUUGAAAUCUGAUCUAAACGCUUUGUUUGCCUGAAAGUGUGGUCGGUUGGAUCAUUUGACUAUAAACUGACUGUGAUAUUUUAUAGAUCUGAUAAAGUGAAGUGGACAUCAAGAUGUGGCGGUUCAAAGUGACCAAGUUUAAGAACACCAGGGCAAAGAUACCCAAAAAGGAUGAAUGGAUCACCCAAAUUCCAAUUGGCAAGCUCAAGAUGUCGAGUGGAAAUCACAUCAAGGCCAGCUGCAAAUUCAUGGCUUUUAAUAUCGACUCCAUUGGAGGAGCCCUUGGUGUGUUGCCUCUGGAUGCAUCUGGUAGACAGUCAGGAGGUCUAACAACUGUUCAUGGUCACUCAGAUUUUAUAUCUGACUUUGAUUUCUCGCCAUUCCACGAUGACAUCCUGGCCACAGGAUCAUAUGAUGGAUCUGUUAAACUUUGGAAGAUCCCUGAAGAGCUGGGAGACAGUCUCAAUGAGCCGACGUUUACCAUCCCCACAGAGCCCAGGAGGAUAGAGAAUGUUCUCUGGCAUCCGACUGCUGACAAUAUCUUGGCUGUCUCGUCGAACCAGACGGUCAAGAUAUGGGAUGUUGGUGCUGAAAAAGAACAUUUUGUUUUGGAGGGAGGCGAGGACUCCUUGCAGGGUAUGAGUUGGAAGGGCGAUGGCAGCAUGCUGGCCACAACCAGUAAGGACAAGAUGGUCAGAAUAUUUGACCCGCGACAGCAGACGAUGUCUCAGGAGACUGCUGGCCAUGACAACAUCAAAGAUUCUAGGAUUGUUUGGCUUGGUAAUAGUGAUCGAAUUGCCACAACUGGAUUUUCGAAGAUGCGUUAUCGGGAGGUCACCAUCAGGGACAUUCGCCAGUUCUCCAAGGCGCUCAAGACAGUUGAAAUUGAUAACUCAAAUGGCACCUUGAUGCCAUUCUAUGAUGAUGACACCAAGAUGUUAUUCGCUGCUGGAAAGGGUGAUACAACUCUGAGGUUUUUUGAAGUGUUGGACACUGAUGAUGUUCUUACAAUUGAACAAUGUGAGUCGAUGCCAGAGCAGAUCCAAGGUUUAUCUGUGGUGCCUAAACUUGCCAUGAACGUAAUGGAUGCUGAGGUCAACCGUAUUCUAUUGUUGGCCAAGAGUGCUAUCAUUACGAUGCCAUAUCAAGUACCAAGGAAGUCUUACACCGAGUUCCAUGCCGAUCUCUUCCCCGAAACUAACAACAACAUUCCUGCAAUGACAGCUGAUGAAUGGAUUGCUGGAGAAAACAAAGAGCUGGAGAAAAAGAGCCUGAAACCCGAUGGUGUCAGAAUUGGUUGUCCCUCGCCCCAAGUCAAGCCAAAGUUCACCAGUAGCGGUGGCGCUAAUACAAACAAUGGUGACGGAGCUAGUCCUUCUGGUGGUGCUAGUGCAAAUAUCAAGAAACUCGAAGCUAUGCAAAAUAAUGGCCCUGCAGAGGGUGAUGGGCAAAAUGGAGGAGGCCUUGUGAUUGAGAAGCGAGAAGUUGAAAAUAUAACGGUCAAGAUGGAGAACGUCCUCCCAGGCUUUCGGCCGGCCAAGUUUAGACACUUGAAAGGCACAGUCAGCCACAAGAGCACCCACAUAACCAAUAUACGCAACUUGGGCAAGAGUAUGCCAAGAGAGAGUGACGGAUUCACGGCAAACCCUGUGAGAUGUGCUGUACCACUGACCGGACCAGCUGGGCUUAUCGCAGUUUAUGAGUUCAGUAAGCCAGGGCGCCUCCCCGACGGUGUUAUCCCCACGUUGCAGAAUGGAAAGAAGGUCACAGACUAUGUGUGGGAUCCAUUUGAUAACAGCAGGCUAGUCGCAAGCUGUGAUGAUGGCAGGAUCCAUAUUUGGAGGGUACCAGAUGGAGGUCUGACUACAACUCUCACGGAGCCAGAAGGCAAGCUCGUGGGGCACGAUGAGAGGAUCACUUUCCUCAGGUUCCACCCCCUGGCUAGCGAGGUCAUGGCAACAGGGUCGUACGAUGGUACCAUUAGGGUGUGGAAUCUAAAAACUGGAGAAGAGAAGCACAGGGUGGAAGGCCAUACUGAUUCGAUCUUCUGCCUCUCCUGGAGCCCGUGUGGCAAGUACUUAGUGACAGCUUGUAAAGAUGGCCGUCUCAGGGUGUUCGAACCAAGGGUAUCCUCGCAACCAAUCAGGGAAGGUGUUGGACCAAGUGGUACGCAAGGUGCAAGAGUCCUCUGGGCUUGUGAAGGAAAAUACUUGGUUGUCCUGGGCUAUUCUAGCCGGUCCGAGCGACAGAUCUUUGUGUUCGAUAGCACUGAUCUGUCCCAGGCGCUCUCUCGAGUCAACUUGGACUCCUCACCGUUGAUCUAUAUCUCUUACUAUGAUGAGGACAGCUCAACACUCUUUGUGACAAGUAGGGGCGAGGGUACAAUCCGAGCAUUUGAGAUUGGGACUGAUGCACCUCACAUAUUUGAACUCUCUGCUUACAAAGCAAAUGGCCUGCACCAGGGUUUGUCAUUCUUGCCAAAGAACCAAUGUGACGUUAAGAAGGUUGAGUUUGCCCGCUCCUACCGGUUGACAAAUACGACUGUGGAGCCAUUGAUAUUCACCGUGCCAAGGGUCAAGAAAGAGUACUUCCAAGACGAUGUGUUCCCUGAUACCAAGGUGCUGUGGGAGCCCACCCUGACUGCUGAUGAGUGGUUCUCGGGCGUUGACAAGGAGCCGAGGAGGAUCAGCUUGAAGCCAGAAGGAAUGGAUAACUGGAGUGACAGCAAAACUCAUACGCCUAAAAUUAAACCAAAGUAUGACAGUCAUGCCCCUGAUGCAUUUAAGACACCAGAGGAGAAGAAGGAAGAGUUGAUGGGGCGCUGGACCGAGCAAAUGGAUGAGCAGAAGGGCCCCAUGCCACAAGACUUGGCUGAGGGCUGUGACUCUGAUGAAUGGAAAGAAUCAAAAUGAAAAUGAUGUUCUGUGAACAAUUCCGGCAAUGAAAAGUGAUGAUGACUAACUUCAACGGUGAUCAAGCCUAAUUCCUGAGAUUUGUCUGCGACGUGUAUGCAAGAUAUGUCGCUUAUGCAGCUUCAAGAGCUUCCAUAACAAGCUACCCGGUCAGGUGAUGCAAGUGAUGAAAAUUCGUCGGUGAAAAUCCUGCAUUUUGUGUUUGUUAUCUUUUUGCAAUGACAUAUAUCUCGAUGUCACUGCCACUUUUUCAUAUGCUCGAGUUGAAGUCGACCACGAUUUGUUCAUUGCACAUUUGUACGCUAAUUUUUUCAUCUGACAUAUAAUCCACCAUCGAGUUACUAGUAAGAGCUCUACUCAUUUUGAAAUCAUUUCAAAAUAGCUGGCACAGAUUUGAGUUGUUAGAAUAGUAAUAAUGAAAAGUAAAUACAACAGAAACAAAUGUGUUUUCUGCAUCUUUUUCGUGGUCUCUUUCUCAUCUUAAAUUUAUAUCAUAAUUAGAAUCAUUCUCUGGCUGUGUAAUAUAGAACGAGAGAGAUCAAAUUUGAAAGGGGAUUGUCAUGUUUUUAGACCACCUCUUUGUGCUAGUUAUUUUGAAAUAUCUGUUAAGUUCUUAUUCUGUUUUAUAAGAUUGCAUGACACUGAGAAUAGUCUACACACACCAGUAUACUUAUAGAAUGGUGCUAUAAAAUGUAUAUGCUGUCAUCGAAGAGCCAUUUUUUCCGAUUCUGGCUACAGGAUGUGCAAGGUUUUUGAGUACUUGCAGAAUAUGUGAAUUGUCAAUAAAUUUGUAUGUGGAUGCAAAUAUUUUUUUCUGUGAAAACAUACCGGUAAUUGAUGGUUUUGAUGUUGUGGUGUGUGUCAAUGAAUUUGCUUCCAAAUAUUUUGUGACCACAAUCUGUUUCCUCUUUCUAACAAAGUAAAAAGAUUUAAAUGUUUUGUAAAUUGUUUCAAAGUGCAAGUGCUUUGCCAGUUUUUGGGCAGAAGACAAGGGCUGUUUGUUAUGCAGGGGGUCCAGGGGUUGGAAAAAGAGGAGCAUCUCAGAGAAAGAGGGACCCAGCUGUAUGUCUGUUUCCCAAAAUUUCAAGAAUUUUCUAAAUUAAGGGCAGUUGGCACCCUUUCCAGUAUAACUCCGUGGAUAAACACCUGUUAUCAGUUUCUGAAGAAUGUAGCGACUAAAAAAUGUUUGUUGAGAGUAACCUGUGGACUUUGCUUGUAGUGUAAGCUGGAAAAUGUUGCUAUUGGCUAAAGAAUGGUAAAUGUAAACUAAAUAAUUUAUAGAUGCAUGCUUACUUGUUGUAGUCUAGUUAGGUAUUUGUAGUAUUCAAGUGAAAAUGAAUUAAGGCCCAGUUCUUCAUGUGACCCAGCCAUGUUUACACUGUGGUUGUUCAUAUGUACAUUGUGCAGGAACAACAGAGCACGUUUGACCUUAUAUAUAAUUAUGAUAUGUGGGGUUACAGUAGUGUUUAACUAAAAUUCACAAUUCAAAUUCAAAUUACUGUGGUUAGAUUUUUAUCAAAGUUCUGGGCCUUUAUAACACAUGUAUUUUUCCGUCACCUUCUAUUUCACCUAACAAAAGUGUCUACCUCGAGAAAUGAACUAUUUUACGUGCCAUCAAUGAAGCUCUGUGGACAGUACAUUGUUAUGCAUUUUAACUCUAGUGAUAUCUGUGUGUCAAAGUGAAGUCCUUAUUCAGGGAGUUUUAAGAUGUCCUCAGUAGUCAUAACCCGAUAGAGCCUGUGACGUCACUUUUAAUCAGCAGUCUGCCAUUUUGAUGUCGACUAGGGCGUAUGCCAUGUGUGGAUCAAAUAUUGUUGAUGUCACCACACUGCACUUCGCUACCACAACAAAGUGCACCGUGUGGCUAAAUGGCAAUAUAUUUGGCGUCCGUUCGACCGUCAAGGUAGCAGAUUUUUCUGUCAGGUCGUCGUCUGAACAACCUCUGUUCAAGACGGCACAGGACAGUUCUUCAUGUUGUGCUAUUGUAAUGAAAUUGGAAAUGAAGAUGGCAUAUUUUCAAAAGAGGUAAUUGAUCCAUGGAAAGUUAUCCCAAUUUAAUUCUCCUAGUGAUGCUCAACAAUUUACUGUAUUUUACUUGAGUUAAAACUCUAUGGACCAUGGUCGCGUUAAAAUCAUGUGUUCAGUGUCUGUAACUUGUCAUUUCCUGAACCAAACACUGUUAACAUGCUGGAUGCCAGGGUUCUUCGCAUAGACUUCUCUCUUUGCUUUAGUAAAGAAAGAGAAUAUGGGAAAGAUCCUGGUAUCAAGGAUGACUUUAAGGGAGCAAACCAAUUGCAAUUUUUUCUAUUUUGAUGGAACACUUUAGAGCAGGUUUAUUUUGAGAUUUAUUAUUAUUGAUAAUGUGAUGGUCAAUAAGUGAUAUGUCGCGUGUAAAAUAUUUGAAUUAUGUAUAAUGCAUGUAACUGAGGGGUGUUUUAUGUUAUUUUGGACCAACAAGUACAUUACAUGUUGAUAGGACAAGUAGGCCACAUGUUUGUUGGUUCUGAUAUGCAUGAAAGGUAAAUAUCAAUAUAAUCAUAAAAAAAUAGGAGAAACAAUGAAAAAUAAUCAUGGUCCAAUAAGGAGUGUACUUAAAGGAAAGAUUGACUUGAUCUAGUUGAUUGAUUUAUAUAAAUGUAUCCAUGCUAACCUAUGCUUAAAAGGCAAUAUGUAAGAGAAAUAUGCCCUCUUAAAAGAUACCAGUGAGCCCGCUACGAAACAGAAAGUGAACUAGACAUGUCUGUGUAUUAUAUGUUCACUUUCUGUCUUGUAGGUGGCUCCACUGAUAUUUUAAGGCUGUGUCAAUUUAUUCAUACAACAUAAUUGUGAUGGUGAGAUAAAUUGGAUAAACCACUCGGAAAUUAAUAACCUAUAACCAAACAAAUUUGACGGUGAGCAUUCAAACUUUCAUGUUAUCUUUGUUGUGUUAUCUUGAUCAACCAUCUACUUUGAUAGAUCACAUCACAGGAGACUGAGAUUUCUUUAUUUUCUUUCUAUUUCAACUUAAAACAGGGCUGUCUAAAUGCAUAAUUGUAUAAAUUCAAUGUCAAGAUUGUACAGUUGUAUUAAUUCCCCCCCCCCCCCAAAGAACCUACAUUGUAUAAAAUGUUGUCUGGUUUUCUCACUGAUUUCAUGUUUUUUAUGCAAAAGGCUUUGCCAUUAAUUUUAGGCAGUUCUAAAGAAAAAUGUCAAUUGGGUCUUUUCUACUCGUUUUGAUUAUGCAAAGUUUAAUUCAAAGGAAAUUGAUCUAUGCAGAUGAGUUAACAGUUUGAAUGUUUGAGAUGAUGUGCACCAAGAAUGGACCACUUUGUUCUAUUUUUGUUGACAUGUAUAUACCCAUUAUGUACAGAUUAUUACAUGUAGCAUGUACAGGUAGUAUGGAAAUGUAAUAAAUUCUGUAAUGAAUUUGAA